UGAAUGUACGGCUUUCGGCGGCCGAGGGGGGACGGGCGGCGGAGAAGGCAGAGGGCGGCGGAGGAGGAGCCCCCAGCAGCGAGCGGCGAGCGACUGACCGCGGCCUUCUGACCAGGACCGGAGCAGGGCCCCGAGCCCCCGGCCUGGGGAGACGCGCUUCUCCCCACCUCUGUGCCGCAGCAGCUCCGGCCCGCGGACCCGACGGCGGUGAGGAGAAGAUGGCAAGCCCCGAGGACGACCUGAUUGGAAUUCCCUUCCCAGACCACAGCAGUGAGCUCCUGAGCUGCCUCAAUGAGCAGCGCCAGCUGGGCCACCUUUGCGACCUCACCAUCCGGACGCAGGGCCUCGAGUACCGCACACACAGGGCUGUGCUGGCCGCCUGCAGCCACUACUUCAAGAAGCUCUUCACCGAGGGUGGGGGCGGGGCCGUGGGAGCAGGGGGCGGGGGCACAGCUGCGGGGGGAGCCAGGGCCGGCGUGUGUGAGCUGGACUUCGUAGGGCCAGAGGCUCUGGGGGCCCUGCUUGAAUUUGCCUACACGGCCACGCUGACCACCAGCAGCGCCAACAUGCCCGCUGUGCUGCAGGCCGCCCGGCUGCUGGAGAUCCCCUGUGUCAUCGCCGCCUGCAUGGAGAUUCUGCAGGGCAGCGGGCUGGAAGCUCCCAGCCCGGAUGAGGACGACUGUGAGCGAGCCCGGCAGUACCUGGAGGCCUUUGCCACCGCCACGGCCUCGGGAGUCCCCAAUGGCGAAGAUGGCCCUCUGCAGGCGCCCCUCGUGUCACCACCCCUGCCACCGCCUCGGCCUGUGGCCCGUCGCAGCCGCAAGCCCCGAAAAGCUUUCCUGCAGACCAAGGGGGCCCGGGCGAACCACCUGGCACCCGAGGUGCCAGCUGCAGUGCCCACCCAUCCACUGACCUACGAGGAGGAAGGAGUGGGCAGAGUGGGCAGCAGCUACAGCCCCCCCCCAGGGACUGCCUCGCCUCCUGAGGGGCCCCUGAGCUACGAGGGCUAUGAGGCUGAAGAGGAGGAGGAGGAGCUGGCUUAUCCCCCAGCCUACGGGCUGGCCCAGGGCGGUGGGGCCCCACUGUCACCCGAGGAGCUGGGCUCCGAUGAGGACGCCAUCGACCCUGACCUCAUGGCCUACCUGAGUUCCCUGCACCAGGAUGCCCUGGCACCAGGCCUGGAUGGCCCAGACAAGCUGGUUCGGAAGCGCCGCUCCCAGAUGCCCCAGGAGUGUCCAGUCUGCCACAAGAUCAUCCAUGGAGCAGGCAAACUGCCACGCCACAUGAGGACCCACACGGGUGAGAAGCCCUUCGUCUGUGACGUCUGUGGCGUCCGCUUCACCAGGAACGACAAGCUGAAGAUCCACAUGCGCAAGCACACGGGAGAGCGGCCCUAUUCCUGCCCGCAUUGCCCAGCCCGCUUCCUGCACAGCUACGACCUCAAGAACCACAUGCACCUGCACACGGGGGACCGGCCCUAUGAGUGCCACCUGUGCCACAAGGCUUUCGCCAAGGAGGACCACCUGCAGCGCCACCUCAAAGGCCAGAACUGUCUGGAGGUGCGCACCCGCAGGCGCCGCAAGGACGACGGGCCACCGCACCAGCCCUCGCCCUCCCCCGCCGGCCUCGACCUCUCCAACGGCCACCUGGACACCUUCCGCCUCUCGCUGGCUCGAUUCUGGGAGCAGUCGGCCCCCUCGGGGCCCGCGGUGUCCACCCCGGGGCCCCCGGAUGAUGAGGAGGAGGAGGGGGCGCCCACCACACCCCAGGCCGAAGCUGCCGUGGAGUCCUCUUAGAGAGGCCCGCGUGGCUGGGCCGGAGCAGGGAGGGGGCCGCCACGCCGAGCAGUGGGCGCGGAAGAAGACUUGCAGCCCCUUGGCCCAGCCUCGUUCCGGCUCGCAGCUGAGGGGGUUUGGGGCCAGGGGCUUCCCGCAUUGGGGCGCUUCGCCCCCACGAGUGAUACAUGCUAUAUUAUGUAUACAUUUACAGCUCUGUUGUAAAGCUGGGCCCGUCCCCAGCUGCUCCUGGGGAGCAGAAGCAACGAUGAAUUUCUGGUCUGUGGGCCCACUUCGGCUAUGCGGGUUUCUGGGCACGGGACUUGGGACCAAAGCCUUCCCCUGCUCCCGUGCCUCGUGGGGGCUUCGGCUGUGGAGGGGCGGAGGACUGCCUCUCCCUUCCGAGACCCCUCCUUCCUGGUUUCUGUUCCCUUUUCCCAGCGGCGAAUUAUGCAAAGGGGGUGGCGGGGCGAGGGAAGGGAAGGGUAGGUGGGCAGAGCUAGGUGGACGCCUGCAGGCCGGGAGGGGCGGCUGCGCCCUAAGGAAGCAGCCAGGGUCCCCUCCGCCCUGCCCCGCCCUGCCCUGUCGCUGAGUCACGGGGUCCUGGGGGGCGGCGGCCUGUUCUGCUCACCGCCCCUGGGGGCUCCGCCCGUCCUCCCUGUGUCCUGUCCCCGGCAGGGAAUGUCUUGUUCCCGCCGCUCCCUCCUGGGGCCAGAGGGCAGGGCGGGCCGUGCGACUCUGCUCCCCGCCUCCCGCCCAGGUGCGAGCCAGCCGGCACCGUGGCCGCCCCUGACUCACGCCGCCCGGGGCUGGCGGGGUGGGACCGGGCGAGGGGUUGGGGAGCCCGGCGCCGCCUGGCGGCCGACCCUGCGCGCCUGCGAGCGAGCGAGCGCCCCCCGCGGGCGGCGGCUGUCCUUGCACCCGAGACCCCCGAGCCCGCCGGCGGGGCGGAGAACGCGCUCACCUCCCGAAGAGAAGGGUUGAAUCCACCCCAUCUGUACAUAGCCCCUUCUGUUUGUCUUGUUGAAAUCUAGUUUCAGAUUUUUAACUCCCCCAUUCUGCUGGGGUGGGGGGGCCCGACCCCGUCCUCGCUGGGUGCUGGACCCCCGUUGCGGCCUGGGCUCCGCCUUGCACUAUUUUCCCUCCUUGGCCUGGAGGCCCCUCCUCCUCCUCAAACGGGGCAGGUCCAGGGGCCGGUGCUCUCCCCCCUUCCCUGCACCCCAUGCCCAUUUGCACAGCUGCCCAGGUACCCCCAACCGUGGGGAGGGGUCACAGGGAGGGGUUAGUGGAACCAGUCCCGGUAUCUAUUUAAAAAGUGAUGAUGUAAUAUAUUGGGGCGGGAGGGGAGUUCAGGUGCCCUGGGCCUCACUUGAGCAUUUGGGUGACGAGGGAGCCCAGGGCCGGGAGACCUGGGGCCUGGCCCCAGAGAGUGGCCAGCGUGGCCUCCCUUCUCCCUACUCGGGCUUUCCCAGUCAGUGCCUUAGGAGGAGGCGUCCCCCUCCUGUUCUCUUCCCCUAGCCUUGCCCCCCACCUCGGGUGUAAACGACAGGAAGAAAUAAUAAUUUAAGAUUCA